GUCUCCGGCGCGGUUACCAUGGAGAUUCAGGGCAGGUUGUGGGUCGCAAGGAUCGUCGACCAACAGUCGUUUGGAAAACCUCCGUUGUUUUCUGAUGGAAAUGCGAUGUCCUUGAGCUGCACACCCAAGAAAUGGCGGUUCUUGUGAAGUCAGGAUCUCUAGUAACAGCUGAUUGGCUCAACUCUGUGGAUGGCCGGGAAUAUCUGGCCAGCAUCUUGCGCAGAAACAAGAGGAAAGUAUUUGGAUUACUUGAACGGCCGAUGCUCCCUCCACAGAUUGCACCUGACAUUGCUAGUUACAAGAUCUUUCUGUCUGGGAAGAGUGGAGUAGGAAAAACAGCAGCAAUUGCAAAGUUUGCUGGUUUAGAAAUUUCCAAUGUUCAUCAUGAGACCACAGGGAUUCAGACAAGGACAGUUUAUUGGCCAGCAAAGCUGGUGGAGAGCGGUCGAGUGAUCAUGUUUCGCUUUCAGUUCUGGGACUGCGGUGAGGCCUCCCUGAAGAAAUUUGACCACAUUCUUGCAGCCUGCAAGGACAAGGCUGAUGCCAUCUUGUUUCUUUUCUCCUUCACUGAUCGUUCAUCAUUCAACGAUUUGCCUAGUCAAAUGUCACGGAUCGUGGAUGAUGCGGAGAAGAUUGUUAAAAUUGUGAUUGGAACCAAAUUUGACCAGUACAUGCAUACUGAUGUCACUGACAGGGAACUUCGUGACUUCCAGCAGACAUGGCACCUGCCUGUCUUCAAAAUGAAGAGCAUCAAUGGUCCACGCUUGUCAGAUGGAAAAACGCUUGAUGGCAAAGCAGGGCUGCUGGAGGUAGAGCACAUACUGAAUGGAGUGGCUGAACAUCUUUGGUAUCAAGAUCAAGUGACAGCAGGACUAGUCCCUGCACCACACCACCGUUGAGAACCUUACAGUAACUUGCUGAGGUCGCUACAGCCUCUUCUCUGGAGCACUCUGUUCUUAACAUAUGUCUUGAAGGUAGUGAUUUGUCAACACUGGGCCAAAUGUGUUGGGUCACCACAACCAUUGCAAUAUUCUGAUUCCUGCAGUUCCAUAAUUGCAGCCAGUGUUCAAAUGGGUGUGAAAGUUUUCUCCAAUCCCUUGACUGGUAAUAACUCAACAAGAAAUCUGGGCAAGAGAAUUAUUGAAAGGUUGCUUAAGGCAACAAGAUGACUUAUCAGUUCAGCAUGGAUGAAUGUUGACAUUCUGGGUUGUCACUGACAGUCUUGCAACACUAAGUCAGCUAUUAAUUGCUGAAUGAACUGCAAUGACUAGAAGAUGUCUGUUCUUUAUUCCUGUUCAGUUUUGCACCAAACUACAGAGGAACCUCGAUUAUUGAAGGAAACUGGCGGUGAGUUAGAUUAGAUUAGAUUAGAUUCCCUACAGUGUGGAAACAGGCCCUUCAGCCCAACAAGUCCACACCAACCCUCCGAGUAUUUCAUUCAGUUAAUCAAAUUCUGGGUAAUUGAAUGCCGGAUAACAUAGUUUAGCUAAGCAUCGGGAACUUGCAAUCUUGCCAUAUAAUCCGAUAUUCGGAUAAUCGAAUACCGGAUAAUUGAGGUUCCUCUGUAUAUUUAUUGGAUGGGUUGAGUUCACUUGCAGUUGGAUACCUGCACUGGCAUGUGUCAGACUUGUGAGAUCAAGUUAAUAAGUACAGGGUUUGACAGGAGCUGCGAUUAAAAAUCAGCCAGGAGUAGAGGUUGUAAUCUGUGGAAAAGUUGGCAACCCUUACAAUGUUAGCAUGGAAAUGUCACAUUUUUAUCAUGAGUUGGAUCCCAAGCUGUAUAAUGUGACAGUAUUUUGCUCUGGACUUUAUGAUCAGCAUAAACAAGGAAUGCAUAGCAAUUACUGGAGUUCUAAAUGUAUAAUGAAUUGCUGAUCAUGUCAAAAUUACAAAACAUUAGGAUCCUUUGUUUUUUGUACUGUUUCACCUCUUUGCUCCUGAGGGAAUGAAGUUUUGUUGGUGUAUGAUAGUACAGGAGCAAGGGGCUUAUAAAUAGCCAAAUGGCCCCUACUUUCCUUGGGAACUUGACUGCAUGUUGGCAGGUUGCUCAACUAUGGAAUGCAUCAUUGUCUGACUUGAAAUUUUAUUUGCUCAGUGUGGACAGAUUGAUAUCACUGGAUAGCAGUCAGGAGUGGAAUUUAUAUUUUUCCUUUUUGUCCUCCUUUUCCCCAUCCUGUGAAAAAGGCCACUGUGUCCUGGCUUGGAUCAGCUAACAUAGACCAGAAUCAGUCCAGAGAUGAUCUUGGUCUGUGCAGAUGAAUGUUACAUUGAUGUUUCAUUUACCUAUUGAGCUUGAAUGUUACUGAUUUUAACCCAAAGAUUUGACUUCCAUUGUCUAACAUAUUAUGUUGUCACUGAAGUAUUGCAGUUGUGUCCUUUUGUCAAGCUAUAGCAAAGUACUCCUAACCACGAUAGUAUGUGGAAAUGACAUGUUGCCAAGUAAUGAUCAGGAUGGCAUGUUCGUGGGACAAUCUUCUUGAGAUUGGAUUCUGUGGAGUUGAUAAAUGUUUUCAAUCUUUGCAGCACAUGACUUAGUGGUCCCUGUUGCAAUGGGUUCCUAUAUUAGUUCUUUUAUCAUCUGAUUGCUGCCUUGCAACCUCAUUGAAAAUUGAAUGCUGGCAAUACAUAGCACCAAAAUAACUUUAAAUGAAUAUUGUUAGAGAAUAGCAUAUGUUAACAGAGAUUUAAUCUCAUUAUAUUUCUGAAAUGGAACCUGUUACGAUCAUUUUAAUUUGCUUUACGAAUAUUUUGAGAAGAGAUCAAUGUUCAAGUCAUAUUGCAGGAAACAGUGUCGAGUCUUGUUAAGCUACAGAUGGGUUCUAAAAGAUUAUACUUUUAUUAAGAAAGGGUUAGAUUCAUAGUUAAUAUCCUAAUGCAAUGUUCAUUUUGUACUGCCACCAUGACUUGAAUCUUUUUCCUUGACUUAACGCUUUAUUCCUGGUUUUACUCAUUAAAUUACUUUGCUGAAAUAAGCUGCUCAGUUCUCAACCCAUCUUCUCACAUUUCUUACUCUCCCAGACAGUGAAGUCUAUAAUCAGAGUGAUUACAGAGUGCUACUAGUGUAUAACCAGGAAAAUAUGCCUAUAAUGGGCAUCUUCAGCUGGGCUGGGCAAAUAUCCUGUCCCCCAUUUGGGUUAGAGAUGAUAAUCUGGCUGCAGAGAGUCAGAAGUAAAAGAUUUCUUUGUUAAGAUUUUACUUUCUUAACAAAACAUUUAGGUUCAUGGUUUUUUUGUUUAAAUCUGACAGUGCUUCACUCUCUGGAUUCCAAGUACUUUCUUCCAUUUAAGAGUUCCACACAAGUGUCAGGUAUGACCAGCUCCAACAAGUGAAGGUAUAACCAUCUCCUCUUGAUAUUCAGCACAUUGCCAUCACUAAGUUCAUCAAUGUAGUGAUGUAACGUGGUCAGCCAGGUGGACGCCAUUGAACAUGAAUUCUCUGAUUGGGGCUUUUAAUCUGGUUGAAUCAGGGAGCCCUGGCUGGCAGAUUAAGAACAGCAGUGUCAGAGAUCUGGCUUUGAGAUAUCUGGAUCAGUGUCAAGGACUUUUUCACAUGUAA